CCCAUGGGGGCACUCGUGGCCAAACUGCUGCUGCCCACCCUCAGCAGCCUGGCCUUGCUGCCCACCGCCAGCGUGGCGGCCAAGAGGCGCUUCCACAUGGAGGCCAUGGUCUACCUUUUCACCAUGUUCUUCGUGGCGCUGUACCACGCCUGCAGCGGGCCGGGCCUGUCAGUGCUGUGCUUCAUGCGCCACGACCUGCUGGAGUACUUCAGUGUCUACGGGACGGCGCUCAGCAUGUGGGUGUCACUUAUGGCGCUGGCCGACUUCGACGAGCCGCAGAGGUCCACGCUGGUGAUGCUCGGCGUGCUGACCAUCGCCGUCCGCGUCUACCAUGACCGCUGGGGUUACGGAGUGUACUCAGGCCCCAUCGGCUCGGCCGUCCUCAUCAUUGCUGCCAAAUGGCUGCAGAAGAUGAGGAAGAAGAAGGGCCUGUACCCUGACAAGAGCGUCUACACGCAGCAGCUGGGCCCCGGCCUCUGCUUCGGCGCACUGGCCCUCAUGUUGCGCUUCUUCUUUGAGGACUGGGACCACACGUACGUCCACAGCUUCUACCACUGCGCCCUGGCCAUGGCCUUCGUCCUGCUGUUGCCCAAGGUCAACAGGAAGGCGGGGGACGCGGGGGCCCCGGCCAAGCUGGACUGCCCCACCCUUUGCUGCGCCUGCAUCUGAUGCCGC